AUGUCAAAAGCUAUACGGCAUUUGUGGUUAUUGGCCUGUAGUUCGACGAGAAUAUCAUCAGAUCCUUGGAAGUUUCAACGAUGUAACUUUGCUUCUGGUGUGCAUAUGAUCCAAAUCGAAAGAGUCGGUGAUAAAAUGAAUGUUGGCUUAAUUAAGCUUGAUAGGCCUAAAGCAUUAAAUGCAUUAUGCAGUCAACUUAUGCAGGAACUUUCAGAUACACUGGUUGAAUUUGAUAAUGAUACUUCAAUUGGAGCAGUGGUAAUAACAGGUGCCAAACAUGUAUUCUCAAUAGGAGCCGAUAUAAAAGAGCUAUGUACUAUUCAAAAUGAAGCGAUAUCAUCCGGAAAUGCAUUGCAAAACUGGACCCAAAUAUCGAAGAUGAAGAAACCUAUCAUUGCUGCCGUAAAUGGUCAUGCACUUGGUGGUGGUUGUGAAUUGGCUAUGAUGUGCGAUAUAAUUUAUGCCGGAGAGAAAGCUAAAUUUGGACAACCAGAAGUUAUUAUCGGAACUAUACCAGGUGCUGGUGGUACCCAAAGAUGGUUGCGCGUUACUGGUAAAUCUUUAGCCAUGGAAGUUUGUUUAACAGGAAUACCCAUAACAGCACGGGAAGCGAAAGAAUGUGGUCUUGUUUCAAAAAUAUUUCCAGUUGAUCAAGUUGUAUUGGAGGCUAUAAAGACAGCUGAAAAAAUUAGUGAACACUCACCACUGAUAGUAUCAUUUGUAAAAGAUGCCAUUAAUCAUUCUUAUGAAACUUUUCUUCAAGAAGGUCUUAAAUACGAAAGCCGACUAUUUCGUGCUACUUUUGCAACGAAAGAUCAAAAAGAAGGUAUGAAAGCAUUUCUAGAAAAACGUAAACCGGAAUGGAUAUCUUCAUGA